AACUCAAAAAAACUGACAAAAUUAAAGACAAAUAGUAAUGAUCUACUGUAUAAUACAUAUAAGAAGAGCUGGUAUUCUUCUUUUGGCUAUUGAGGUUUGCAGAUCCAGAUUUAUGAGGACAACAAUGUGUGAAAUACGUGAUAUGGGAGAGUUGGAAGACUGAAAUUUGAAAUGGUUCAACAAUAUUCAGGUGCAUGGAUAAUUAAACAUUUUAAAGGGUAAUUGGAUUGUGUUGUGUUUAAGUUCAUUAUCUGAGUCUCAAACAGCUGGACAAACUAUUGAAUUAGUAUUUAGCCUGAAUUCUCCAGUACUGUGUUAAAAGAUUUUUAGCGUUUGUUUGUCUCUGAUUUAAAGAUUUGGUUGUGGACAUAAAGGUCUGAACAUCUUAUUGUGAAAAUCAUUCAAAUUCAUUUUAGAUCUAUUGCAGGUGGAGCUUUAUGAGUGACUCUAUAAUAAAACUUGAUUCAUUAAUAUAUAUAAUUUUAAAAAAUCCUGAACUGAGUAUUUGUACAAACAACUAUAUCCAGGGUUAAUUCACAAGGACGUAAACUCUCCUUCAUUCCUCCCUGAGUCGGUAGUCUGCCGCUGACCUGCCUCUCUGCUUUAAUGUUGGGCAUGUCAGUGAGGCCAGAGGCGCAUCUGCUGCUGUUGUUUCACCGUCCAUGUUUCUACAUACCAUAUACAUACGUAUAAGGAUGUUGCACGCAUGCAGUUGCACUGCUCUGCUGUGGACCCGCUGCCCCGGCAGUACAGUGUCCAUGUUGGUGUGGGAGCCUGAGGCCUGCUCCCAUACAUCCCCGCUCUGGCUCUGUUGAUCCUAUUGUCUCCUGCGUCACCACACGUCGCCCGGCAAAUAAAGGCCGUCUGGCUCCAAGCUUAAAUAUUGCAGCAAACUAAAAACCAACCAUCAGAGCCGAUUCAUUCACAUCUGCUCAGUGGGGCGACAAGGACAGGGCUUUAGGUGGGAAAGAGGACAGAAAAAAGAUCACUUUUCCCUGCCGGGUGCCAAGAGAACGGGACAGGACUCAACUUCGCCGGAGCCGCAACUGUGGCAAGUUGCCCAUUUGAUUACAUUUCACCUUUAUCAUACUUUACACAUGAUGGGAUUAUAUUUUACACAUUGAUCUCUCUUUAGUGGUUUUCAUUCACAAGUUGUUUUGUUUGUUUUUUUUCAGAGCUAUAGAAACAACUUUUUUUUGUUCGCACUUUUGUAAAUGUUCGACAAAGUUAUUAAGGUUUGCAGAGAGAACAAGCAGCGUAAUAAAGGUCUUGUUAAAAGUUUUGAUUUAAUAAAUUAGAUUUUUUUUAUCUUGCAACAGAAACAGAAUCGACUCAAAAGCCUUUUAAAACUUGUAAAAAGUUUCAGAUUCUUCGGGUUCUCUUUUACGAAAAUGUGCUGUAGCAAGAAAUUCAGGCUUGGGUUUGAUUUUUUUGUUUUUUCGAGCUUUCCUCUCCAACAUUUCUUACUUUUGGAAAUCUCUAUUCCCCUCCCCCUGUCUGUCCCACCUACCCCACCCUCCCUGUCCGUGUGCACCCUCCAUCUCCCUCCAUACCCCACCCUUCAUUCUGCAGUGCUACGGACCGAUCAUGGGUGACUGGAGCUUUCUGGGUAAUAUUUUAGAGGAAGUUAACGAGCACUCUACGGUGAUCGGCCGGGUGUGGCUCACGGUGCUCUUCAUCUUCCGCAUCCUCAUCCUGGGAACGGCUGCUGAGUUUGUGUGGGGCGACGAGCAGUCCGACUAUGUCUGUAACACACAGCAGCCUGGUUGUGAGAACGUGUGCUACGAUGAGGCCUUCCCUAUCUCCCAUAUCCGCCUGUGGGUGCUGCAGAUCAUCUUUGUGUCCACACCUUCUCUGGUGUACGUGGGCCACGCUGUGCACCAUGUCCACAUGGAGGAGAAACGUAAAGAGCGCGAGGAGGCAGAACUUAGCCGGCAACAGGAGCUGAGCGAGGAGCGUCUCCCUCUGGCACCCGAUCAGGGAAGUGUUCGCACCACGAAAGAGACCAGCACAAAAGGAAGCAAGAAGUUCCGGCUGGAGGGAACUCUGCUGAGGACCUACAUCUGCCACAUCAUCUUCAAGACACUGUUUGAGGUUGGCUUCGUGGUGGGCCAGUACUUCCUGUAUGGCUUCCGCAUCCUGCCACUGUACAAAUGCAGCCGCUGGCCCUGCCCCAACACGGUGGACUGCUUUGUGUCCCGGCCCACGGAGAAGACCGUCUUUAUCAUCUUCAUGUUGGCCGUGGCUUGCGUCUCCCUCUUCCUCAACUUUGUGGAGAUCAGUCACCUCGGCCUGAAGAAGAUUCGCUUUGUGUUUCGUAAGCCUGCCCCGGCCCAAGGUGAGGGCACGACGCCCCUGCCGCCACAAGUGAAGAGCCUGCCCCCCCUGGCUGUGUCCUCCCUGCAGAGAGCGAAAGGUUACAGGCUGCUGGAGGAGGAGAAAGCUCCCCCCUUAACUCACCUCUACCCGCUGGCCGAGGUAGGCAUGGAGGCCGGCAGAGGGGCCCCACCCUUCCAGGGGCUGGAGGAGAAGGCGGAGGAGGCGCUGCCCAUGGAUGACAUCUCUAAGGUGUACGAUGAGACUCUGCCCUCUUACGCCCAGACCACUGAGACAGCGGGGGUGACAUUACACGAGGAGGAGGCCGAGAAGGUUCAGCCGGCGGAGGUGGAGGCAGAGAGGGUGGUGAACAGGGAGGGGGUAACUCCUGCAGAGGUGGCGUUGGAGGCCUCGGAUACGAUAGAAGACACCAGACCGCUGAGCCGACUGAGCAUAGCCAGCAGCAGGGCCAGGUCAGACGAUCUCACUGUAUGAACCUGUGAGAGAGAAAGAGAGAAAGAGAGAGAGAGAGAGAGAGAGAGAGAGAGCGCAUGUACACCUGCACACGCAAAAUGUUCAACAUAAGAGAGCACACACACACACACCUAACUCAACGAUAACGCACACUCUUGAACAAGCAGGUCAAAAACUAAGUGGAUGAAAAACAAAUAUGAACAGGGAGAAAAAAA